CGAAGCGGAGACCGGAGCCGCGAGCGCCACCAGGGCAGCAGCAGCCGCAGCCGCCGCCGCUGGGCUGAGGAGCUGAAGACGCGGACCGACGAGGUGGCGGCGGCGGCGGAGCGGGAGCGGGCACCGGGCGCGGGCAGAGCACGGCGGCGCGGGUAUAUUCCGUAAAACAAACUUUUAAAGUAUAUUUGCUGUAUUGACUCUGAGCUGUCAGAGGACUCAGGCUUAUGAGGAAGUACUAUCACACAAAACAGUGUCUGCUGAAGACAACAAGAAAGAAGGGAAAGGAUCGAAGAAAGAAGCUAAAACACUUUAAAGAACCAUGAGAUCUAUUCGAUCUUUUGCCAAUGAUGAUCGCCAUGUUAUGGUGAAACAUUCAACAAUCUAUCCUUCUCCAGAGGAACUUGAAGCUGUUCAGAAUAUGGUAUCUACUGUUGAAUGUGCUCUUAAACAUGUCUCAGAUUGGCUGGAUGAAACAAAUAAAGGCACAAAAGCAGAGGGUGAGACAGAAAUAAAAAAGGAAGAGCCAGAAGCUCAUUCCAAGGAUCAAGGUGGCCGGACAUUGUGCGGUGUGAUGAGGAUUGGUCUAGUUGCAAAAGGCUUGCUGAUUAAAGAUGAUAUGGACUUGGAGCUGGUUUUAAUGUGCAAAGACAAGCCCACAGAGACACUGCUAACUACGGUCAAAGAUAAUCUUCCUAUUCAAAUUCAGAAACUCACAGAAGAGAAAUAUCAAGUGGAACAAUGUAUAGAUGAGGCAUCUAUUAUAAUUCGGAAUACAAAAGAACCCACACUAACUCUGAAGGUGAUACUUACUUCCCCUCUAAUUAGGGAUGAAUUGGAAAAGAAGGAUGGAGAAAAGGUCACUGUAAAAGAUCCUCCGGACUUACUGGACAGGCAGAAAUGCCUGAAUGCCUUGGCGUCUCUCCGGCAUGCCAAGUGGUUUCAGGCAAGGGCAAAUGGAUUAAAAUCAUGUGUUAUUGUCCUCCGCAUUCUGCGUGAUUUGUGCAACAGAGUCCCCACGUGGGCACCAUUAAAAGGAUGGCCACUAGAGCUUAUAUGUGAAAAGUCUAUAGGUACUUGUAAUAGACCUUUGGGCGCUGGGGAGGCCUUGAGACGAGUAAUGGAGUGUUUGGCAUCUGGAAUACUACUUCCUGGGGGACCUGGUCUUCAUGAUCCUUGUGAACGAGAUCCAACAGAUGCUCUGAGCUAUAUGACUGUCCAGCAAAAAGAAGACAUUACUCACAGUGCGCAGCAUGCACUGAGACUGUCAGCCUUUGGCCAGAUUUAUAAAGUACUGGAGAUGGAUCCCCUUCCAUCUAGUAAGCCUUUUCAGAAAUAUUCCUGGUCAGUUACUGAUAAAGAAGGUGCUGGGUCCUCGGCUCUGAAAAGGCCAUUUGAAGAUGGAUUAGGGGAUGAUAAAGAUCCUAAUAAGAAGAUGAAACGAAACUUAAGGAAAAUUCUGGACAGUAAAGCAAUAGACCUUAUGAAUGCACUAAUGAGGCUCAAUCAGAUCAGGCCUGGGCUUCAGUAUAAGCUCUUAUCUCAGUCUGGCCCUGUUCAUGCCCCUGUCUUCACAAUGUCUGUAGACGUGGAUGGUACAACAUAUGAAGCCUCAGGACCAUCUAAGAAAACAGCAAAACUUCAUGUAGCAGUGAAGGUAUUGCAGGCAAUGGGAUAUCCAACAGGCUUUGAUGCAGAUAUUGAAUGUAUGAGUUCUGAUGAAAAAUCAGAUAAUGAAGGCAAAAAUGAAACAGUGUCUUCAAAUUCAAGCAAUAAUACUGGAAAUUCUACAACUGAAACCUCCAGUACCUUAGAGGUAAGAACUCAGGGCCCUAUUCUCACAGCAAGUGGUAAAAACCCUGUAAUGGAGCUCAAUGAAAAAAGAAGAGGUCUUAAAUAUGAACUCAUCUCAGAAACUGGUGGAAGCCAUGACAAACGCUUUGUAAUGGAGGUAGAAGUAGAUGGACAGAAAUUCAGAGGUGCAGGUCCAAAUAAGAAAGUGGCAAAGGCAAGUGCAGCUUUAGCUGCCCUGGAGAAGCUUUUUUCUGGACCCAAUGCAGCAAAUAAUAAGAAAAAGAAGAUAAUUCCUCAGGCAAAAGGAGUUGUGAAUACAGCUGUAUCCGCAGCAGUCCAAGCUGUUCGGGGCAGAGGAAGAGGAACUCUAACAAGGGGAGCUUUUGUUGGGGCUACAGCUGCUCCUGGCUAUAUAGCUCCAGGCUAUGGAACCCCUUAUGGUUACAGCACAGCUGCCCCUGCCUAUGGUUAAUACUUUUAAGCAGUUUUCAGCACGUUUAUCUCACUUUAUUCUCGUUCUCCUCGGACCUUCGUAGCCAUAUCACUUGUAUAAAAUAGGCUGAGAUAUAGUGACUGUAAGCUGUGAUCUCAGUAUACAAAGAACUCAGCCAUUGCUAUAAAACACCAUGCUGCUUCUGCUGGUGGGUAGUGUGGAGACUGCCUCCAUCUGCCCAGGCAGCUGAAGCGUGCCUGGUUAGUUUAUCCUAAUCGGCAAUGUAUGGUCCAGAGACACACACACCACCCUCCCCGUGGUCUUCAGGGUUGUAAUAAGAUCAACCUGACUUCCUUGAGGAUGUUCCCUUAGCACUACCUAGGACCUGGCUGCUCUUUAAGUCUUGCUGACCUUGGAUCUUUUUGUAUGGUUUGACUGAAUGAGCUCUGCUUUCUAAUGUUGACUAGAUGUCUCAAGUAAUUAAAUUGACAGUAACCUUCAGCUUAGCUCACUUGAAGUUGUAGGCAGCAGAUUGAAGAAGUCAGGAAUGGAAGAAAAAGAGAGUGAGGAUAGAUGACAACGUUGACAUUGCACCAGGGACUGAAUAUUCUUACUUAGUCUCAAGCAGUUUUGUUGGAGGUUGUAUUAUCCCUGUUUUGCAGAUGAAAAGGCACAACAAGUUUGGCUUGUUUAUUUAUUUUUUGACAGAAGAAAAACUUCAUGUAGUGCUAAGUAUAGGUCCUCCCCCCCCAAAGUUAGGCAUUUUUUAGGACUGCUACUCAGAAACGGAAAAAAGUGUGUUUGCUUGGUUCAGUGUCAGAGCCCCUUCCUAUAUACUAUGCUGUGAAUUAGAACCUGGGUAGUGCAGAACUGGGGCCUGCUGGGUCCACAGGCCUUAGGGCUAGUGUGUGGUAGAGCUGUAAGGAGGACCUGAACACUAGCCAAGACCUCAGCCUCACUGUCACUAGAUGUGUUGAGCUCAAAGCCAGGCCUCAUAUCCGGUGCUGGAAUCUGGGCUCUCUGGCUUAUAGAUAUAGAUAUAGAGAUUCUUGCCUAAAAAUGGCC